GCUUGCGGGGAAGACCGAGACGCCAGGCCCGCGGAUUAGUCCCCGCCCCGGGGCGGUGUCGCUGGAGCGUCAGGGGAGUCCCGCUCGCCGCAGCCCCAGCGCCGCGCGCGCCCCUCCCUCCUCGCGGACCUGGCGGUGCCGGCGCCCGGAGUGGCCCUUUAAAAAGGCAGCUUCUUGUCCGGAGGGGGCGGGCGGGGGGCGCCGACCGCGGCCCGAGGCCCGGCCCCUCCCCUCUCCCUCCUUCUGUCCCCGCGUCGCUCGCUGGCUCGCUCGCCUGCCCGGCGCACGCUCCGCCUCCGUCAGUUGGCUCCGCUGUCGGGUGCGCGGCGUGGAGCGGCAGCUGGUCUGGACGCGCGGCCGGGGCUGGGGGCUGGGAGCGCGGCGCGCAAGAUCUCCCCGCGCGAGAUCGGCCCCUGCCACCGGGCGAGGCCUGCGCCGCGAUGGCAGAGAUGGGCAGUAAAGGGGUGACGGCGGGAAAGAUCGCCAGCAAUGUGCAGAAGAAGCUCACCCGCGCGCAGGAGAAGGUUCUCCAGAAGCUAGGAAAGGCAGAUGAGACCAAGGAUGAGCAGUUUGAGCAGUGUGUCCAGAAUUUCAACAAGCAGCUGACGGAGGGCACCCGGCUGCAGAAGGAUCUCCGGACCUACCUGGCCUCUGUCAAAGCCAUGCACGAGGCUUCCAAGAAGCUGAAUGAGUGUCUGCAGGAGGUGUAUGAGCCUGACUGGCCUGGUAGGGAUGAGGCAAACAAGAUCGCAGAGAACAACGACCUGCUGUGGAUGGAUUACCACCAGAAGCUGGUGGACCAGGCGCUGCUGACCAUGGACACGUACCUGGGCCAGUUCCCUGACAUCAAGUCACGCAUCGCCAAACGGGGGCGCAAGCUGGUGGACUACGACAGUGCCCGGCACCACUACGAGUCCCUUCAAACUGCCAAAAAGAAGGAUGAAGCCAAAAUCGCCAAGCCUGUCUCGCUGCUUGAGAAAGCCGCCCCCCAGUGGUGCCAAGGCAAACUGCAGGCUCAUCUCGUAGCUCAAACUAACCUGCUCCGAAAUCAGGCCGAGGAGGAGCUCAUCAAAGCCCAGAAGGUGUUUGAGGAGAUGAAUGUGGAUCUGCAGGAGGAGCUGCCCUCCCUGUGGAACAGCCGCGUAGGUUUCUACGUCAACACGUUCCAGAGCAUCGCGGGCCUAGAGGAAAACUUCCACAAGGAGAUGAGCAAGCUCAACCAGAACCUCAACGAUGUGCUGGUCAGCCUGGAGAAGCAGCACGGGAGCAACACCUUCACGGUCAAGGCCCAGCCCAGAAAGAAAAGUAAACUGUUUUCGCGGCUGCGCAGAAAGAAGAACAGUGACAACGCGCCUGCAAAAGGGAACAAGAGCCCUUCACCUCCAGAUGGCUCCCCUGCCGCCACCCCCGAGAUCAGAGUCAACCACGAGCCAGAGCCAGCCGGCGGGGCCACGCCCGGAGCCACCCUCCCCAAGUCCCCAUCUCAGCUCCGGAAAGGCCCACCAGUCCCUCCGCCUCCCAAACACACCCCGUCCAAGGAGGUCAAGCAGGAGCAGAUCCUCAGCCUGUUUGAGGACACGUUUGUCCCUGAGAUCAGCGUGACCACCCCCUCCCAGGUCAGCCGCGGCCGCCGCGGCCCAGCUCUCCUCUCUUCCUGCCCUCUCAGGGCGUGCAUGGCCUUCAUCCUCUAUGCUUCUGUCUCAAGAGCCAAGAAUCUGGCCAGAGAGACUGUCAGUUUCCCUCUCUCACCCUCCCUUCCCUCUGUCCAUCAUCCUCCAUCAUCAUCACCCAUCUCUGAGCAUGUACGAAGGCUGGAUGCAGGGCCACAGCGGGGAAAGGUGCCCACCCCUCCCGGCACAGCAGUCACGUCAGCAGUGCCCUUGCGGUGCAGUGGGUACUUGGCAGAGGGGAUCGGGGAGUGUGGAGGACCUGUGGUGUCGGGGAAGGCUUCCAGGGGCAGGGAGAGUUGGAAGGCCCUGGAAUGGCUGAAGCACCUGGACUUCAGCUCCCACAGCUGCUGUCAGUCACUUGAGGGCGGGGGCAGCGGCCAGGCUUCAGAGCACAGCUGCUGCGUGCACACUCCCUGAGAGGUGUGGAAUGCCCAGAUGCAGCAGGGAGCCACCCAGGGUGGCUUGGGUCUCUCCUGACGGGUCCUUGGCUCAGCAAGGAGCCACCCAGAGGGUCCUGGGUCUCUCCCAAUGGACCCUCAGCUCAGCUGUGGAGGUGCCUCUGGGGAGCCCGGCCCACUGCCCCAGGUCUCACGUCCUUCCUGGUGGGGGCCUGGCGGGAGUGUCUUGCUGGAAGCGCCACUCGCCAGUGCUGGAGUGGGCCGAUGUGUUGUCAGAUUUGCCCAGGGGUGGCCGGCCUUCCCUGCACUCCCCCAGAGCUGACUGCCUCCUCAAGGCUAGCCAUCCAGGCCUUGGCCUCCCUCCUGUGGGUGAGCCAGGGCCCUUCCCACAUGGGGAGCCUCGCCUGUAGGGGAGGCUGUCCAGUCCAGGCUGUGGUGGCCUCCAGCAAACCCCUUCCCACAGCUCAGACGCCUAGUGGGGAUAGGUUGGAGGGUGUGAGUGUGGGGAGUGGCUGCUGGGAACUGCGAACAGUGGUCGCUGCUAGGAAGGGUUGGGGAUGGUGGGCCUCAAGCUCCUAUGCAAAGACUAGGGCUAGAACUAAGGAGCUUUAGAUCCAAGGCUGCAGGUGUCUGGGUGAGUGACGCAGGUGUCAGGGACCUGGCAGGCUUGGGAGCCCCUCUCUGUGGGAUGGUGGCAGAGGGCGAUGUAGGAAGAGCAGUGUGGGGUCAGGGCUGAGGACCUCCCUGGCUCGAGCGUGCCUCCACCCUGGGGAUGCCCAGUGUGUGUACAGGUGAGGGAGAUGGGAUGGCAUGGACACUGGCAAAUACUGAGCGAGGAAUGGUGCCAGCCACUUCCUAUACCCCAUUAUGCCCCCAUUAUGCAUCAUGCCCCCAUUUAACAGGCGAGGAAAGGAACCUAGGGCCUGUGCCGUGGGCCCACGCCAGAACAAGGUGUGCCAGGCCAGGAGGUGGCCCAGAGACCACCUGCACCCAGGUUCUGAGUGCGCCUGUCCCGCUAUACCAUACCUGCCUCCCUGGCCACUGCGUGUGCCAUCUCCAGGCAACUGGUUUUCCUGGUCUGGGGUGGGGGAGCCAUGACCUU